AUAAGGGUAUUAUAGUAAUAUUAAGGAUGUUAAAUAUAAAACAUUUACCUAUACAUCAGCAGUGACAGGACCUACUAGUCUAUGUUAAUGGUAACCAGCAACCGAUUAAUCGGCUGAUGGCAUCGGUUGAUUAAUCGGCAUUGGUUUAUGCUUCGGUGUUGGCUAAUAAGCCAAACCAAAUUGGUGCUUAGGCGCACCUUAUAUAUGCGAACUUCAUACCUAUUAAUAAUAUAUUAACUUUUUAUACAUACAUUAAACCCUAUCAUUAGCCUCAAUCGGCCUUUGCCUUCGGUAUAUAUCAAAUAUAUAUAUAAUCUGCUUAUAAAGUAGGUGAGAUUGAAUUUGCUUUUCGAUUGAAUUUGCUUUUAAUUAAAAAUUACUCAGUUAUAAUUAGUAUGCUCACAAUUAAUGGUUUGAAAAAAUUGUUCAAUAUAGUUCGACGACACGUGCGCUCAAGCUUCAAUGCUUCUAGUACAUAAAAAAAUAAUUUUAAAAAUUUUCUAUUUUGUUUCUAAAUUUUUUUUCUAGAGGAAAAAAUUAUAUUUUUAUUUUAAAGAUUUCUAUUAGCGCUUUUCCUUUUUUUUAAAUCUUUAAAAAUCUCUAAGAACUUAGCAAUAGUUAAAUUUUUGUUGAAAAAAAUGUCAUUGCCUAAUGUCUUUCUGUUUAUUAUAAGUUAGAGGUUUAAUUGUAAACAACCACCAAGUUAACAUCUAUUGAUAAGUUAAUAAGAAAAAAAAUACAACUUAUCUUUUAGGCUAACCUUUCCUUUAAUGUUUAAAUUAAAAAUUGGUGUCCGGCGGCCAACUUAUGUAGGAUGGUUAACGUUAAAAUUUUCAUUGAUUUUUAUAUUAAUUUUUUAAUAUGCACAUAAAGUUUAAAUUAUAUUUGUGAAAAUGUAAGUUAUAAUUGGACGAGAAAGUUAUUACUUAACAAUUAUAGAGUUUGUAAAAUCUUUUUGUUGCGGAUAUAAUUCAUACAUUUGUCAAAUAAAGGUACUUUACAAAUAUUUGCUCUGAUUAGAGCCUGAGAAUAAAAGACACCAAUAUCUUUUACCCUAAAUGUGAGGGUAAUCAGUUUUCAAAAAUUAGGAACAUAAAAUACUUUAUUCAACUAAAUUUAAGUUUAUGAACAAAUUUCAAGUUUUAUUUACAUAUCUUUUAGCGUUUGAAAAGUAAAAUAAUAACUAUACCGUGAAAAAUUUAUACUCGUUUCAAAUUGAGAAGAUUUUAAAUUUAUAAGAAAUUUCUUUUGGUUGAAUGGCUGAAUGGUUUGUAUUAUUGUUUUUCUAAAGAUACGCUUUAUCAUAAUGAUAAACUAACUAUUCGUGAGUUAAUUCAUAUGUAAAAAAAUUCACGAGAAAUCUUGAUAAAACUUUCUUUUCGUUCAGUUUAAAAAUUAUUUUAAAUUUGAAAAAGUAUUAAAUCACAUAGAAUACGAAGACAUCCUUUAAUUUGUAAAUUAAAACAUAAGUUAUUCACAAAACCGCGAAGUUGGAAUAAAUAAAUACUUGACUCUUUUUUCAUUUCAUCAAACAGUUCAUUUUAUUCAUUAUUUUUAUUAUAUAAUUUGUUAAACAGUUACAAAUAUGUUUUAUUUUUUAAAUAAAAUUUUAUUUGUUUCACUAAAUUCACAUUCAGCACAUUUUUCUUCGGCAUAUUUUUUGUUGGGUUCUUACAAAUCAGUACUUUUAUCGAACGCUUUUCAAAAAUGCUCGUAUUAUUAUUAUUUUAUGUCUUCUCUAGAAACUCUUUGUUUUAAUAUAUUUUCUAUUUUAUCAAAUAUAUGAAGUUGCGUGUAACUCUAAAAUCCUUACUACCUACUUUAUUUACUGAUUUUUGAAAUGGAACAUGAUAGCAAAUAGACGCUUUUUAAUAAUAUUUGUUUUAAAAUUUAAUUUUGUUUAUGCUCGUCCAUUAUCCUGCGCUGCAGACAAAUUCGCCGACGGUUGUUCUGUUCCGCCUAUUAUACCAGCACCUUUUAAAAACGAGUUCACAUCGGCUUGCAAUAGACAUGAUAUAUGUUACGCUUGCGGAACGCAUUAUAAUUGGAGUCGAUCAGACUGUGAUAUGUCGUUUUAUAAUAACAUGAAAGAAGUGUGUUCUCAAAUGAAAGAAAAACGUUCUUUUUGGGGUUCAGUAGUCGAUCUUUUAAACAACAUUGGCAGCAAAGCGAAUCAGUGCAGAACUGCGGCAAAAGUAUACUUUGAAGCUGUUCGCUUGUUUGCAGAAUCACACUUUGACAAACAUGAUCACGAUUAUUGUUUAGCUAAAUGCGCUGAAAACCAUGGCAAUCCUUUUGAUAAAAAGUCGAUUUAAAUUAAUUUUGUUAAA